CUUCUAGCCACAGCAUUCCUCCGGGUGUCCUUGUUUUGUGGAGCACCUAUAAACAAAAAAAAAUCUCCUGCAAAAAUUUUCAACAUUUCAAUAUUUUUCCUCUUUUUGGAAUUCGCUUCACUGCAUUCGCAUUGUAUUUCCGUGUCGAUUGAUAAUUUUACGAAUUCGCUGAUAACACUUGAGUGGCAACUUUGCGAAUGACCCUCACUGCGAUACCUAAAAAAAGAAGAAGAGGAAGCAAAGAAAAAACAAGUUCAACCCAAACUGACUACCUCAUUUGCGAUAGUCGCCCACAGUCGUUUUGAAUUCACGCACUGCUCUAAAGGUUUCGACGGAAUGUUGCUCAUCGCUGUAGUGUUUUCGGUGGUAGUAAUUAUCUUAGCUUUGGGCUUUUUAUAUCAUCGCAACUUCAGUUACUGGACGCGUUUUAAGAGUGUACCCAGUGGACCGGGUCGAAUAUUCAGUGGGAAUUUCUUCGAUUUUAUAACAUUUAAAACUAAUUUUGGUUAUCAUCUGAAAACGAUAUACGAUGAUGAGAAAUUCACCACCGCUCCCGUAGUGGGUGUCUAUGGGCUGUACAAGCCGUGUUUGCUGAUACGAGAUUUGGAUCUGAUCAAAUCGGUGCUGAUCAAAGAUUUCGAGUAUUUUCGCGAUCGUUUUACCAAACUGGACUAUCACCACGACCCCUUGGGUGGGCAAAUGAUGUUUUUUGGCGACUAUCCAUUGUGGAAGGAAAUGCGCACCAAGCUGACGCCAACCUUCACCAGUGGGAAGCUAAAGAACAUGUAUCCUCUGAUCCAACAGGUCGGAGAAAAUAUGUCGAAAUUUUUGCAUUCCCAGCCGAUGGUUUUUCAAACUGAAUUAAGAGAUUUGUGUGCUCGAUUUACCACCGAUGUUAUAGCCACAACGGUGUUUGGUUUCAAAUCGAAUUCCCUUGAAAAUCCCUCGGAAGAUUUCCACAAGGAAGUGCGUCGUCUAACCUAUUUCACAUGGCACCGGGCAUUCGAUUUUAUUGUGGUCAUGUUUGCCCCCAAAUUGCAACGGCUUAUGGGUUGUAAGAUUCUCUAUCCCGAGACGGAGCAAUUCCUCAGGGUGGCCAUAACACAAGCUAUUGCGGAGAGGGAGACCGCCAACAGUGGGGGUGAGAAACGUAAUGACAUCAUUGAUAUUUUUGUGAAAUUGAAACAAGAAGCCGCGGAGAAGGGGGAGUGGGAGAUAGAUAAAUUCAUGGAAUGUCUCAUGGCCCAGGCAGGUAUUUUCAUGAUCGGAGGAUUUGAAACCUCGUCGACAACAAUGUCCAAUGCCCUGCUGGAAUUGGCCAAGCAACCGGAAUUACAAUCACGUUUAAGAGAUGAAAUCAAGGAGGCCUUUGUGGAGGGCCAGGGGGUGAUCUCAUAUGACGCCAUAAGCAAAAUGAACUACAUGGACAUGGUAAUCUAUGAAACCUUGAGGUUAUAUCCAGUAUUACCUUCGCUGGAAAGACGUUAUGCCACACCACCAGGGAAGCCGGCCUAUUCCUUGAAACCAUACUGUGAUUUUACCCUACCCGAGGGUAUGCCGAUUUAUAUAUCACCCUAUGCCCUGCAUUAUGAUGAGAAGUUUUGGCCAAAUCCCCGGAAAUUUGACCCAGAACGUUUUUCAUUGGAGCAAAAGGCCAACAGACAUCCCAUGGCCCAUUUGCCGUUUGGUAAUGGUCCCCACAAUUGCAUUGGCACCCGUUUGGGCAUGAUACAAGUGAAAGCCGGUCUAUCGUAUAUUCUAAAAGAUCACUAUGUCCGGGUGUGUAAUCGCACGGAGAUCGAACCGAAAUUCGAAGCCAAAGCAAAUGUUUUACAGGUUAAGGGAGGAGUGUUUUUGGAGAUUGUUAAGGAUGAGAAAUAAAUACAGUACUAUAAGUAGUAAAGUGUUUAUUAGAAUAUGGGAAAAGGGUGUUGAAGCUAAAUUGCAUCGUUAGUGGAUCGAAGGAAGGUCUUCGGUCUGAGGAUGGACUUUUUCCUUUAAAAGACCUUAGAAAGCGGUUCUGCUUAAAGACGUUAUGAAAAAAAAUUUUUUUUUAACAGAAA